GCACCAGUGCCACCAGAUUGUGCCAUUACGACAGCGGCCACGAACUCGACGAAAUUUCGGUGGUGGGGGCUACUAUCAGGGGCAGCGAGGGCCUUCCCACCCCCACCACACCGUGUCACUGCGGCGGUUUAAAAUAUGGCAGCGGGCAAACGCUUUACAGCAUCGCCGGCCUGGUGCCUCCUGCACCUGCGAUACCUUCUCAUGGUGUUCAACCAGCUUUAGGCUAUGGGGUUGAGAGACAUCGGGAGGACAAACAAGGAAGGAUACUCGACGGUAAGACCCGGAUUAGAAGGGAGAAGGAAGAGGACACGAAAAGCGCGGACAACAUUUCGAGGAGUGCUGCACUGCCUUCCAGACAGAAUCUUUUAGAGUUGGUCAGCGGUAAAUAUAUGAGUCCUCACACGCCCACGCAUCAUUAUUAUCAGCAACAACAACAGGUGUACUCAGUUCAGCAGCGAUACUUCAGCUCGUCCCGCGACUCGCUUCAUGGGGCUUACGUGAAUCGUGGAGCUAGCGAGCUCGACCUAAGCCGUAAACCGAAGAGGAGGGACCAUCUCAGUAGAAGAUUCAAGCUGCCGUACGCGGUUACCCUCACACCCUCUCGCGAUCAGUCUCAUUUGCAUACACCAGCGUCCGUCAAUCAUCUCAGCAAUAAUAGCUGUAACGGUACCGAGACAAGGUAUACAGUGCAGCAGCAACAACAGCAACGCGGUAGCAGAGGUUUCCCUGGGCAACCUGGAUCAAAAGGUUUUCGUACGGGUGCUCCUAACUGGUCCUUCAUCUUUGAUCCUGCAGGACGUCUUUGUUACUACUGGUCAAUGGUGGUUUCACUUGCCUUUCUCUACAACUUUUGGGUCAUAAUCUACAGGUUCGCCUUCCAAGAGAUAAACGGCGAAACACGUUGGGUCUGGUUCUGCUUGGAUUAUUUCUCCGAUUUUUUAUACGUGCUGGAUAUAGUAUUUCAUAUUCGAACGGGGUAUUUAGAGGACGGUGUACUGCAAACCGACGCGACAAAACUACGCAAUCACUAUACAAACAGCACCACGUUUUAUAUGGACAUCCUGUGCCUGCUGCCUCUCGACUUUUUAUACUUAUCUAUAGGAUUCAACAGUAUACUACGAAGUUUUAGACUCGUCAAAAUAUAUCGGUUUUGGGCGUUCAUGGACAGAACCGAGCGGCACACAAACUAUCCAAAUUUAUUCCGCUCCACUUCCUUGAUACAUUAUUUGCUGGUGAUCUUUCACUGGAACGGGUGCCUCUAUCACAUUAUUUAUAAGAACAACGGAUUCGGCAGUAAGAACUGGGUGUUCAGUGAUUCGGAGACAGCGGAUGUCGUGAAACAAUACUUGCAAAGCUACUAUUGGUGUACACUGGCUCUUACGACUAUCGGUGAUCUACCCAGACCAAGGAGCAAGGGUGAAUAUUUAUUCGUGAUAGCUCAACUACUGUUUGGUCUACUCUUAUUCGCCACGGUGCUUGGUCACGUGGCCAACAUUGUAACUUCCGUCAGUGCAGCUAGGAAGGAGUUUCAGGCGAAGUUGGAUGGGGUGAAAACCUACAUGAGAAUGAGAAGAGUGCCAAAACACCUUCAAGUGAAGGUGAUCAAAUGGUUCGACUACCUUUGGUUAACGCAAAAGUGUUCAGACGAGGAGAAAGCUGUUAGCUGCCUUCCUGACAAAUUGAAGGCUGAAAUCGCGAUAAAUGUGCACCUGGACACGUUGAGGAGGGUGGAGAUUUUUCAGAAUACGGAAGCUGGCUUUCUCUGCGAGCUAGUGUUGAGACUUCGGCCGGUUCUCUUCUCACCUGGUGACUACAUUUGUCGCAAAGGUGAGGUAGGCAAGGAGAUGUAUAUAGUCAACAGAGGACGAUUGCAAGUGGUAGCUGACAACGGAAAAACAGUCCUCGCUACACUUAAGGCGGGUUCCUACUUCGGCGAGAUCAGCAUUCUCAAUAUGGGGACUGCAGGUAAAGAGUGCGGUAACCGACGAACAGCCAGCGUACGCUCCGUGGGUUACUCGGAUCUCUUCGUCCUUAGUAAAAAGGACAUGUGGGACGUGUUGAAGGAAUAUCCUGCAGCCAGAAUCCGACUGGAAGCCAUCGCCGUGAAGAGGCUGGAGAAAUACAAGAGGGCUCCCCUUGAAAAAGCUGCAAUGGGACGAUGUCAGAGUACGCCAGGAUUAGUGGAGUCGAAAGGUCGUAUACCACUGGAAGAAAUGUGGAUUUCACCUACAGACGCAAAAUCUACUCAUACCUACUCAACCGGUCGUUCAUUGUUCUCACCUAGCCCAAGUCCAGUAGCAUCGCGCGGUUUAGCGAGUUCCGAGCACAACGCGAACGCGAAUGUUAGAAGAAGCAUGGAUAGCCCAAUAAGCGCAACCAGUAGCGGUCACAGCAGCGAGGAUCAAACCACUAGGGCUCCACAGUCUGCUGCCACUCAACCAUCUACCGGGAGACAAUCUACACACUCAGGCAUGACUAACAGCAUGUCACAGUUAGUCAGUGAAGGGGCCACACCACUUCUAGGCACCCACGAAGCAUUAUUAGCAGAAAUUAAACGCCUUCGAGAACGUUUAAUUUGCUUAGAAUCCGAAAACGCUGCGAUGAGCGCGAAAUUGAAUCAACAGCAAUGGGAAGUAGAGAACCGGUUAGCUGAAAUCGAGAUGCACAUCUGUGGAGCCAGUUCGACUUCCAGUCUAGAGGACAACAACGAGAGAAAUCGAGAAAGUAUCAUUUAACAAGAAACAAGGCCGCGAGAGCGCGGCAAAACAAAAAUCAAGCGAAUACGACAUUACCUUGCUGAUGGUACUGACAG